AGCCUAACUCCCCCCACCUAAACCAUCACGAACAAGUCAAAUCAAAUCAAAACGCAGCCUUUUCUCUCUACUGAUUGAACUCUCUGCCUCCUUCUUCUUCUUGCCUUCGAUUUCGAUUCCCGGAGUCGAUUCGCGCCGUCGGGAUGGCAUCAUCAACCGCGGCAGCGGCGACCGUCUCCCCGUCUCAGCUCUCCUGCUUCUCCGCGAUCGAUCGCAAGCUCCGGCUGCGCAAGCUCUCCGCUUUGACCUUCCAGAACCAUCGAUCGAAGUCAUCGGUCGUCAUGAGUCUUGAAGGACGUGGCCCAGAGACUACUUCCCCUGGCAACAAAAGUUCUUUCAGUUACAUAGAUGACGCAUCAAGAUCGCAAAUGAACGGGGCAGCAAAGUCAUAUACAUCUAUAGAAGACCAUAAUGCUGAAAAUAUGGGAAUAAGUGAGCCCGAACAGGAACAGGGUGUCGCGGAGCCGAAGAGGGCUGCUAAAAUUCAUGAUUUUUGUCUUGGAAUUCCCUUUGGCGGUCUAGUUUUCAGUGGUGGACUUCUUGGUUUCAUUUUCUCCAGAAAUCCAACUGCUCUGGGCAAUGGUGUACUAUUUGGAGGCGCUAUACUAGCCCUUAGCACCCUUAGCUUGAAGAUCUGGAGGGAAGGAAAAUCCAGCUUGCCUUUCAUUUUAGGACAAAUAGUCCUCUCUGCUGUCAUCUUCUGGAAGAACUUUCAAACUUACUCUCUGACAAAGAAAGUAUUUCCAACAGGGCUUAAUGUUCUUAUCAGUGCUGCGAUGCUGUGCUUCUAUUCGUAUGUAAUCUUGUCGGGAGGAAAUCCGCCACCAAAGAAGUUGAAAUCUUCUGCUUAUGUCGCGUAGUUACAUGGAUGCAAAUGUUUGAAUGAGAUAAGAGAGGUUAGAAUCUUUUUCUUCCUUUUCGGCUGUAAUACAGAGGUGUAUGGUGAACUGAAGAGAAGUCAUGGGUGGAUGGGUGAAGCCUGUAAUUUCAUGUUGAUUUGUAUCUGUUUACUUACAUAGCUCCUAGUUAUUUGCUUUUAGAGUUCAAAAGGAUGGUUUGCUAGUAUAAAGUUAUUUUGAGGAAGGAGGACACCACUUAGACUGACUCUUUCUUGUGAACCCCUGAGCCUUGUCAAAGAGUGAAGAUUUGGAGGUAUAGGGACUUCAUGCAGUGUUUCUUAUGUAAGCAUCUUUGGUGCGGUGUGCCACUGUGGGUAAUAAUAGAAAUUUUUUCUUAACGGUA